AAAGUAGUCGGCAGAGAGAAAAAAGGAAAGUAGAAAACCCUUCACUCUCUCUCUCUCUCUUUCUCUAGGACACACACACACACGCUCUCAACUCGGUCUGUAGAGAGAGAAAUCGGAAGAUCCGAAACCCGAAACAGCGAAGAAGAAUGUCGGGAGUGACGAACCAGGAAGAAGACAAGAAGCCCACUGAUCAAUCGGCACACAUCAAUCUCAAAGUCAAGGGCCAGGAUGGAAAUGAAGUAUUUUUCAGGAUUAAGAGGAGCACUCAACUGAAGAAACUUAUGAAUGCUUAUUGUGAUCGGCAGUCAGUGGAUAUCAGCUCAAUUGCAUUCUUGUUUGAUGGCCGUCGUCUCCGAGCAGAGCAGACUCCAGAUGAGCUGGAAAUGGAGGAUGGAGAUGAGAUUGACGCCAUGCUGCACCAAACGGGAGGUGCCACUGCAUAAAUGGGUUUUGCAGGUUGUUUCUCUGGCAGGAGAGAUCUAUAAAUAGAUUGGUGAAUAUCUAAAAGACAAUGUUUGGAACUGUUUCGAUGUUAUCUACUAAAAGAUUAGCCUUUUCUGAAUGAUUCUGGGAUAUAUGCCUCGAUAAUUUCGAAAGAGUUUGGUAUUCUGUUAUUUCCAUGGCAUUAUGUGUUGUUUUAUUUUAGAUUGAAUUUUAAUGGCUUCAUGGGGUUCAGAAGGAUUCAGUUUAUAGAUUGAAAUCCAAGAAAGGGAGAUGCUAACGCAUUUAGUCAACCAAGUACGCUGCAUCUCUCCCCCUAAAGAGAUCAUCAAAUCAGACGAUGCUGCUAAUGGUGAAAUCAGAAGUUGGUGAAACAUGCUAGAAUAUGGUAUUUCUCAUGGCUUUUCCAUGUACAUUUGGUUUUAUGCUUGCAUGUAUCUUUGACUCUGUUGUCAACCCUAUUUAUAGUCUUACUAAAUAAGUGGUGGUUAAAAGA